GCAAACUGCUCAGCCCCGAGGCGGUGAGCGCUGCCGCAGCCGCGCAGGGAGCCCUGAGCCCGAGCCCAGCCCAGAGGCCGUCUGCUCGCUGCCCGCAGCACCAUGGAUCUGCACCUCUUCGACUACUCGGAACCAGGGAACUUCUCUGACAUCAGCUGGCCAUGCAACGGCAGCGACUGCCUCGUUGUCGACACGGUGCUGUGUCCCAACAUGCCCAACAAGAGUGUGCUCCUGUACACGCUGGCCUUCAUUUACAUCUUCAUCUUCGUGACCGGCAUGAUCGCCAACUCCGUGGUGGUCUGGGUGAACAUCCAGGCCAAGACCACCGGCUACGACACGCACUGCUACAUCCUCAACCUGGCCAUCGCCGACCUGUGGGUGGUGGUCACCAUCCCCGUCUGGGUGGUCAGCCUUGUGCAGCAUAACCAGUGGCCCAUGGGAGAGCUCACGUGCAAGAUCACCCACCUCAUCUUUUCCAUCAACCUGUUCGGCAGCAUCUUCUUCCUCACGUGCAUGAGCGUGGACCGCUACCUCUCCAUUGCCUACUUCGCCGGCACCUCGAGCCGCAGGAAGAAGGUGGUCCGCCGUGCCGUCUGCGCACUGGUGUGGCUGCUGGCCUUCUGCGUGUCCCUGCCCGACACCUACUACCUGAAGACCGUCACGUCGGCGUCCAACAACGAGACCUACUGCCGCUCCUUCUACCCCGAGCACAGCGUCAAGGAGUGGCUCAUCAGCAUGGAGCUGGUCUCUGUGGUCUUGGGCUUCGCCAUCCCCUUCUGCAUCAUCGCCAUCUUUUACUGCCUGCUGGCCCGAGCCAUCACCGCAUCCAGCGACCAGGAGAAGCAGAGCAGUCGCAAGAUCAUCUUCUCUUAUGUGGUGGUCUUCCUUGUGUGCUGGCUCCCCUACCAUGUGGUGGUGCUCCUGGACAUCUUCUCCAUUCUCCACUACGUCCCCUUCACCUGCCAGCUGGAGAACUUCCUCUUCACGGCUCUGCACGUCACACAGUGCCUGUCGCUGGUGCACUGCUGCGUCAACCCCGUCCUCUACAGCUUCAUCAAUCGUAACUACAGGUACGAGCUGAUGAAGGCCUUCAUCUUCAAGUACUCGGCCAAGACAGGUCUCACCAAGCUCAUCGAUGCCUCCAGGGUGUCAGAAACAGAGUACUCCGCCUUGGAGCAGAGCACCAAGUGAUGCGCCUUGUGGGGUCUCCGGGACAAGUCUGCUUGCUUUCUCCAUGGCACUGGCUUGCAUCGUUCCCAAGAGUAAAGCAAGGUGGCUUCAGGGUUUGAGGCCGGAGUCGCGUGGAGAGGGGAACGGGGGCCGCUGAGCAUCCUUUCCCUCUUUCUCGGGCCGUGGCGGUGGCUCUCGUGCAAGGCUGUGCGUCCUGAUGCGUCCACGGUCCGUCGUGUGUCUAAUCCUGCCUCGGGGCAGGCUAGCCUGCACUUCUGUACAAUAGGACGUUCUGUGUUCCCUGGAGGUUUUACAUGGUGAUUUGUAUUUAAAUCUUAAGACUUUUAUUUUCUCAUUAUCGGUGUACCUUAUAAAUGUAUUGAAAGUUUAAAUAUAUUUUAAAUAUUGUAUGGGAGCUAUAACGCUGACAUAUAUUCAGAGUGUUGUAGUUUUAAGGCUAGUUGGAUUUCAGUUUUGACUAAGGAUGACAUUAAUUGUUAGCUGUUUUGAAAUUUUAUAUAUAUAUAUAUAUAUAUAAAUCUAUAAAUCUAUAAAUCUAUGCCAGUCCUGGCUGAAAUGUUUUAUUUACGAUAGUUUUAUAUAUGUGUGGUGCUCUGUACCGGCAUGGGAUAUGGAACAGGAAUAACUCUGUAAAGCAGUUUGUGAUAUUCAUAGUUUUGUAAAGUUACAUUAAAAAGAAGCAAAAUGGAGCAAAACUGUUCCAGGCUGCAAUGCUGUGCACAAAAUGAACAGUCUCGUUUCAGAGAGUUCUCUCAAUUUUGUAAGUUAUUAUUUUUUUUUUAAAUAAAGAUUUGUUUCUCCUAAAAAGGCA